AAUUUCAUGCUUCUUUCCGCAGGAAUGUGUUUCUAUCUACUUUGGCUAUUUAAAAUGACGACAAUAAUUCCUUUUUUUAAUUACAAAAAUACAAAAGUAUAUAAUUUAUAUGAAUCUAUUGCAAUAUCAGAUGAAAGAAAGUAAUUAUCCAAAUGAAAGCACUGAAAUUAUUGAAUAAAAAAAAAGUGUUUCAAAUAUUGGCACAACCAUGGCAUUUGGAACUAUUAAAACUGAUGAAAUAUGUAAUUGCUAUAGAAAGAAAACAAUUUUCUGUAUUACCACAUCAAAUAGAAGAAUGCCAAACCAACUAAAGCAGCAACUAAAUGAGACGUUGAUGUCGUCAGUACAAAGCAGUAAUAAUUUCUGUAUUAUAAACUCUGCAUUGGAUCAGCCUUUUAGAUUAAUGAAAAAUGUUUUUAAAGCAAGACAAAAUAAAAAAAAUUAUGAAAAAAAUCAACAGGAUAUAAGUCAAUUUUCUAUGAAACCAAAGAGACAAGCAGUAUUACUUAAGUGUAUUCUAUUUCUGCUACUCAUGUUCCAGUUGCUUCCGCUGACAACAUGUGAAUCGACAGCUUGUAGGGAUAAUCAAAGUCGCACCUGUGAAACAAUUUGUGAGGCAAACACUAAAUCUACAGUGAAAUGCACAAUACGUGCGUUGGUGUUAUUGCCCGAGGAUGACAUCUAUGUAGCAUCACUAAAACGUGUACUGCCCAUAUUGCAAGUAGCAGAAGACAAAAUACACGAAACUCAAUUAAUACCACGUAACAUACAUUUCGAAUGGAUGCCCAAGGAUGACAAGUGUGAUGCAGCAUAUGCCUCUAUUGGCGCAAUGGAUGGUAUUGUCAAAGAUUGUGCACAUGUCAUAUUUGGACCAGUGUGUGAUUAUUCUUUGGCUGCUGUGGGUCGUAUUACCAAAUAUUUCAACAAUCAUGGCACUCCAUUGAUCUCAGUUGGUGGUUCCACAUACGCCUUUGAGAAGAAGAAAACAGCUUGUGCUGAUGAAUUUUACAUGCUCUUACGUACAGGCAUGUUAAGCUUUGAAACGAUAUCCGAAAUGACCAUAUCAGUUAUGAAACGCAACAAAUGGUAUCACUCGGUUUUUUUCUAUGAACCGGAUGGUCAAAAAAAUGUUGCCGGCUUACAUACUUGUUUCCUGAUGAUGAACAGUUUAGGAAAACAAAUGCGUAAAGAAAACAUGACCUUUGCACAACAUCCUUUGGACGUAAAAGUGGAGAACCGCAGUAUGGAAAUGAUACGUGAAAUUGGCAAUAAACAUGGAAUUGUCAUCAUGUGCGCAGAUCCACAAUCAAUACGUCAAAUCAUGUUGACAGCUGAGGAGUUGAAAAUGAUCGAUAGUGGCGAAUAUGUAUUUAUAAAUAUAGAAUUGUUUUCACGUUCACCAAACAUAACAUCUCAGCCAUGGUUUGACAAAAAUGAUACUGCGGAGAACAAUGAACGUGCUCGGAAAGCUUACACAGCCAUGUUAACAGUCACACCGAAGCAGCCAAGCGGUAGCGAAUACACAAGGGUCUCCGAGGAGAUAAAAUCAAUAGCUGCAGCUAAAUAUAAUUAUACAUUCCAUGAUAAUGAACCGAUAUCAACAUUUGUCACAUCAUUUUAUGAUGGUGUCCUUCUCUAUGCAAAUGCUUUGAAUGACAGUAUCCGUGAAGAUCCUAGCGUACUUACACGCCCCAUUAAUGGCACGGACAUGGUAAGGCGCAUGUGGAAUCGCAGUUUCAAGGGCAUUACUGGCAAUGUAACAAUUGAUGCAAAUGGGGAUAGAGUGUCAGCAUAUUCUUUACUAGAUAUGAAUCCAACAACAGGACGUUUCGAAAUUGUAGCACAUUUUUUACACAAUCGUCUAGAGUAUGUGCCUGGUAAGCAAAUACAUUGGGCUGGUGAUCGCUUGGAAGCACCACCUGAUCGACCAACAUGUGGCUAUGACGGUGCAUUAUGCCCAGACAAUUCUCUUCCAGGAUAUGCAAUACUUUCGAUUGUACUGGGUGUUGUGGUUGUUAUAAUGAUUAUUUGUUUCUUCUUUGGUUAUCGUCAUUAUAAAUAUGAAGCAGAACUAAACUCAAUGUCUUGGAAAGUGUCCAUGGAUGAUAUUGUCUAUCAUGAUGCAGCUGGUCGAUAUUUCCGUGGCUCAUUUCACUCAUUAGUAAAACAGAAUUCCCAAUUAACGCUUAUGUCUGAUGAUAUGGGCUCAUUUAGCGGUGAUCGUCAAAUUUUUAUUCCUGUUGGUGUAUUUAAAGGUUGUAAAGUAGCUGUCAAAAAAAUCGAGGACACAAAUAUUAAUUUGACACGCUCCCUCAUGUUGGAGUUAAAACAAAUGAAAGACUUACAACACGAUCAUUUGGUUAAGUUUUAUGGUGCUUGUUUAAAUCCAUUGCGCAGUUUUUUAUUAAUGGAAUAUUGUCCGAAAGGUUCACUACAAGAUAUACUCGAAAAUGAACAAUUCCAGCUGGACUGGAUGUUCAAAUUAUCUCUCAUGCAUGACAUUAUUCGUGGUAUGCAUUUUCUUCAUAGCUCCGAUAUUAAAUCACACGGCAAUCUUAAAUCUUCAAACUGUGUUGUGGAUUCCAGAUUUGUACUAAAAAUAACAGAUUUUGGCUUACACACAUUACGUAAAAAUAUGCAAGACGUGGAAAGUGAAGUUGAAAAAUGCAACAGUCAUGCAUACUGGAGCAAAUUAUUAUGGACUGCACCUGAAUUACUUAGAAUGGAAAACAAUCGUCCACCGGAAGGCACACAAAAAGCAGAUGUGUACUCUUUUGGCAUAAUUGUACAUGAGAUUACAACACGACAAGGACCGUUUUAUUUGGGUGAGACUGAAGACGAAAAAUCUCCACAAGAUAUUGUAGAAUUAGUUAAGGGCUAUCCAAUACUGACUUUACAACCAUUUCGUCCCUAUAUUGAUGAAUGUGAUAAUUAUUUAGAUAUUAAUGGCAUUAUGACAAAGUGCUGGUCAGAAGAUCCCAUUGAAAGACCAGACUUCAAUGCACUCAAAACUAUAGUUAGAAAAAUAAACAAGGAUAAUGAAACUGGUAAUAUCGUAGACAAUUUGCUAAAACGUAUGGAGCAAUAUGCAAAUAAUCUUGAAGAAUUAGUAGAGGAACGCACACAGGAUUAUUUAGAGCAAAAGAAAAAAUGUGAACAGCUACUUUAUCAACUUUUGCCGCAGAGUGUGGCAGCCCAAUUAAUAAGUGGUCAGCCGGUUGUAGCUGAAACCUUUGACCAGGUUACAAUAUAUUUCAGUGAUAUCGUUGGUUUCACAGCUAUAUCAGCGGAAAGUACACCCAUGCAAGUUGUACAAUUUCUAAAUGAUCUCUAUACCUGCUUCGAUUCUAUAGUUGAGAACUUCGAUGUGUACAAAGUGGAAACGAUAGGUGAUGCUUAUAUGGUUGUAUCAGGCUUACCAAUACGAAAUGGAAAUCAACAUGCGCGUGAGAUAGCACGCUUAGCACUAGCUCUAUUGGAAGCUGUGCAUAAUUUUAAAAUUCACCAUCGUCCCGAUGACAGACUUAAACUUAGAAUUGGUCUACAUACAGGUGCGUGCGUAGCUGGUGUGGUUGGAUUAAAAAUGCCACGUUAUUGCCUAUUCGGUGACACUGUAAACACAGCCUCACGAAUGGAAUCAAAUGGUGAGGCAUUGAAAAUACACAUUAGCGAAAAAACAAAAUUGGCGCUUGAUGAAUUUGGUACGUUUAUUACUACGAAACGUGGUUUUGUACCAAUGAAAGGUAAAGGUGAAAUGUUAACAUAUUGGUUAGAAGGUGAAAUGACAAAACCAGACUUAACAUUGUCACCCAAUAAAAUGUUACUAUCCAGACGUUCAUCACUUAAACAACCACCACGUUAUGGAUUAACUAAAAUGCAUUCAGAGAUCUCAACAAUACCAUUGAUUCAACAACAACAAUCCAUAGAAUGUAAAAAUUCACCAAAUUUACGUGUUAAACGUAAAAUAUCAUCUUCCUCUCCAAAACUUAAUAGUAACGAUUGCAAGACUGAAGAUUUCUAUUAUUACUUAGAUGCGGCAAAACAGUCUCAGAAUGAAAGAUAUAAUCCGCUAAGUAGGAAACGCGAUAGCGCUGGCGCUGAAGACAUUUACAGUAGUCGUUCACUGCGAGAACCGACUAAAGAUUCCACAGAACUUGCAAAUUUUCGUCUACCGCUCUCUGGAGCUUUAAAAAACCACAACAACAAUUAUAGUACUAUUAGACACGAAAAUUCGAAUUCUAAUCUAAGUGGAAUAUUGCAUCCUUCGAGUAGAGUUAAACUUAAACAAUCACCGACGAUCUCAACGCUCAUGGCUAAUGCACGCGCAGAGUAUGAUAACUGCAGUCUCAGUAGUGCAAAUCGCAUAACAUUUUGUGUAAGAGAGGAUGCUUUCGAAGAUGUUGAAGAUGUUAAUGAUGAACACGAAGACGAAAGCACACAAUUGCAUACAUUAAAUGACAAUUGCAAUACCAAUAAUGAUAAUUGCAAUACCAACAGCAGCAAAGCGCAUCUAUUGGAGGAAAACCAACCAUAUAGAAACAUUAGCCCAGCUAAUAAACUAUGUAAUAGUAAUAAUUUCAAUCAUAUUGUCAAAACGAAUAAUAUAAAAAACUAUAAACUUUUAUGCAGAAAUGCAUCGAAUUCUGACAAUGACAGAAGAGAUUCUCCUGUACUUAAUGGCGGAUCAAAUAAUGGAACUGUGAAUGGUGUCAUUAUAAAUGCUGUAACUCAACCAUUGUUAACAAAAAUUAAUUCAUAAUUUAUUAAAACCAUUAAUGUUUAAACUAUUAGCGAACAAUUUUAGUAUUAAGUUUAUUUUAUGGCUUAGAUGUGAUCGUAUAUAGAUUUAAGUUUCAAGAAAAAUUUGUUUCAGUGUAUUGAAAA